AUGGCGGAUGAGCUCAUCGUGCUGCGUAGUAUGUUCCCGUCCUGGGAUGUGGAAGUGCUGGAGGAAUUGCUGGCAGCACACCAAGGAAGUGUAGAGAGAACUGUAGACUCGAUGCUGGCGAUGGAUGCGAUAUCUAGCGCAGGUAUUAAGCAAGCUCCGCAGCCACCGCCGACUCUUGCACAGUCUCCAGGAUCUCCGACGCGUCGGCAGCGCAGUUCAAUACCGUGUCCGUCAUCUUCUCCAAAAGGGAAGCCGAAGAGUCAUAUCAAGCUUCCUGACGACUUCUUGCGACUGCCGAUGGACGAUUGUCUUGGCAUGUCCGAACAAGAAGAACGCGAUGCCAUGCUUGCCCGUAUGCUGCAAGACCAAUUCUUCCGCGACGAGGUUUUAUCCAGCGAAGAAUUCUCGUCGCACUUCCAUGAUGACAGAUCGAAUAGGCAAACUCAAGCUUCUGCAUCCGAGAAGACAGCGGCUGAAGUUGCAAAUGACGCAUACGUAGCCAUGAGCGAGAAAUUUACAUCCCUGAGUGAAGUCAUGAAGAGCAAGAUGCACAAUAUGUACAUGCGCGUUCAAACGCGCAAUGACACCCUCGCCAGCACAGACCCGAAGAGUGCACGUCCAUUAAUGCAAAGUGACUCAGAAUCCAGCGAGAGCGAGGAUCUGGAUGACAAUUCGGAUGUUCGACGCCGAAACAUGGACCACUACCGCAGUCAAGGAUCUUCAAGACGACGGAGCGCUCCCAACACGACAGGGAAGCCCAACAUUGACAUAGGCGCAUCCUCCAAGAAGGACGACUAG